AUGCCUGAAUCGACUGAAUCAGAGACGCUACUCGCGCCAGAACCUAGCGCGCAUCUCGGACAAAAUGAAGAGCCUGACGAGAAUAUUGUCAAGACCAACUACGCCACGGCCGUGGUGGUGACAGGUCUUUUCCUAGGAGCAACUCUCGCGAGUAUGGAUGUGGCAUACAACACGGCAACAUACGCACUGAUUGGCUCCGAUUUCCACAACCUCGAGAAUGCCUCGUGGUUGAUCCUCACUCAUGAGCUGAUACACAGCAUUGCGCAGCCGAUUGCAAGUUUCACCCACCGCUGCCGUCUGUCUCGCGCUAACUUCAUCCUCAGCGUCUCAGGCAUGACUAUCCUUGUAACGUUUACGCUAUCAGAUAUGGUGCAGCUUCGGACGUUUGCUUUGCUUCAAAGUGUUCAUAGUAUCUGCGAAACUGCGGGACUGGUGCUCGGAGGCAUCCUGGGAUCCCGCCUUGCUCACUCGAAUGCAGCUGCCUGGCGCUUAUGGUACCAAGUGAAUUCUGGCAUUAUAUUCGUGCCGCUUCUUUGGGUAGUGGUUACUAUGCCUUCUCUGGCUUCAAACCGUUCCCCAGCCUCCGCUCAGUCUGAGAAUGUGUGGUCGUUGCGCGGAUUCCUUGCCAAGUUUGACAUUCUCGGCGCAGCGCUGCUUGGAACAUCAGUCUUCUCGCUCAUCUUGGCACUCGAGCUUGGAGGUAGCAAACUCGGCUGGGGCAGCGCUGCCCUAAUAGUUACCUCCCUUACAGCCAUCUUAUCUACGGUUGCCUUCAUUUACGUGGAAAUCAAUAGGCCUGGCAAAGCACUCAUACCGUUGAAUUUUCUGAGCGACAGAACGGUCGGAUUUGCUAUUGGGUGCAAUAGCAUUGCCAUGUUUGGCUACACAGCUGUAUCUAUAGUCUUGUCCCCAGGCGACUUUGUCCAUCUACUAAUAGUUGCCCAGAGUCUCUAUCAGAUUUCCUUCUUCCUUCAAGCGGAAGCGUAUGCCGACCCCAACUCAUCUAAUAGUGGUCUAAGUCCUCUCUAUGUCGGACUGGGACUAGGCUUCCUCGUUGGGGGGCUCUAUGUUCGGGCCACCGGCAAUGCUAUGGCUGCUGUUUUCUUUGCGUCCUCUCUGACCAGUAUAUGCUAUGUGUCGCUCGCCUCAGGCUUUGUUGAGAUUGGUGGGAUGCUGAACUGGGCAGUUCUCAUGUUGUUGGGGGCAUCUCUCGCGACGACCUUUGAAGGACUUAUCGUUUCGCUUCUGUCGUUUUCUCAAUCUGCAAAGAAUGAUCGAGCGUUACUCAUCGGCAUGAACAGCGUCAUCGUGUCCAUAUGGGGAACUCUUGGCACGAAAACUUCUGCUACGAUAUUUCAUUCUGUCAUGACCAAAAUCCUGAGGUCAGAGAUUGGGAAUGACGACUUGGCUGACGAUGUAAUUUCUAAAAUAUCGAGGAGCCUGGAAGCACUGCGAUCCUUUGAUCCAAGUUUGCAGAAGAUGGUAAUUGCUUCGAUCCGCAAAUCAUAUGAAACCCUUCAUGUUUGGAUCUUUUUCUUGUCUAUUGCCGUAAUUAUCGGUAGCCGACAACUCAGAAAUCACAUAUGAGUCUCGAUUCUGGGGGCCAAGGAUGUAUAUUCUCCGUCCAGUGUGAAUGAACCCAAGGGCCGAUCUCAUACGUGGAAUUACAUCCGGCCAUGCGGUCGGCAUUGAAGGAGGGUGAGAACCGAGACUGCAGCAGUGGAUUUAGCUCAAAAGAUGCAUCGGAACACACGUUCUUUGCUGGCUCGGGGUAUGACAAGUGUAGCUUGAAGGACUUUGCUUGAAGAGAUGACAUCGUGCCAUGUGUGGCAGACUCUUUGAGCUAGAAGAAAAACCUGUUGGGGGAGAUGGAGAAAGAUGCAAUGGAGGAUAUAUGGCGUCAUUAUUUUGUUUGGAUGGACAUGCGCCGGGGGAAAGGCAUUUUAAGGACAUUGCAGGAAAUUGAUAAUGAUAAGACCAUGCACAAAUCAAUAUCAUAGAUGCUACCAUAUUAAGCUCAGUAUUACACUUUCUA